CAAGGUGAUGAUGAGCUGGAUGAAGGAGACGGGUUAGUAGUUGGACAGGAUGAUGAAGCUCUUGCUGCCGAUGAUAACUCUCUGGACGCACCAGCACAUGGUGGAGAUUUCGUCGAUGAUGAGGAUCGAGAGGCUGCCUCUGCCGUCGAGGAGGCAGACGAUGAAGGAAGAACAGACACUGGCAAUACUUCAACGGGGGGCACAUCCGCAACAGUUCGUCACACUACCACAACUUCUUCAUUGGCAGCAGGCAGCAGCGGAUCUUCGGCGCAACCCGCUGGCAGGCUGCGUAUCCCUAUUGUUUAUGGAGCAGACGAUCAGUGCUCUAGCAGAACAGACACUGGCAAUACUUCAACGGGGGGCACAUCCGCAACAGUUCGUCACACUACCACAACCUCUUCAUUGGCAGCAGGCAGCAGCGGAUCUUCGGCGCAACCCGCGGGCAGGCUGCGUAUCCCUAUUGUUUAUGGAGCAGAUGAUCAGUGCUCUAGCAGCAAUGAAACCGGAACGGGUAACUUUGCCGUACGUCGUCGUCGUCCAAUUGGACUUUACCAGGCAGGUAUGCGGUCUCUUGCACAUGCAGCUCCGAGCAGUGAAGCUCCACCAGAGCGAUUGAGUGCUCGUAUGAGAGGUCGCCAGCGUGCUGCCCUUCGAGGGCGAGGAAAGCCGCGUGGUGCAAAACAUUGA